UUUUACAUUACACAACACUAAUUCUUAUUGGCAUAAAUAUGUAUAUCGAUUUAUCGGUAUACUGUUCAAAAUUGGCAUUUAAAUAUUGUAUUUUCAAUUAAAAAAGUGCAAAUGCCGGGUCAGGAUUGCUCCAAGUAUGAUGAUUUCUUGUCGUAUGUCGGGGAAUUCGGAGUUUAUCAAAUGCGCCUGCUCACGAUCAUGUUGCUGGCCGCCUUUCUAUUUGGAUUCACCUAUUGUGGCCACAUAUUUAUGGUCCUCGUUCCUGCCAAUCACUGGUGCCGCAUCCCUGAGUUGGAGACGUUGCCCAAGGAACAGCAGCUUGCGCUGGGAAUCCCCAAGGAUAAGGCCGGAAAUUUCGAGAGGUGUGCCAGGUACAAUGUCGCCCUUGAAUUGGACAAGCUGAACAUAUCAAAGCCAAACGAGAGCUGGCCAAGAAAGCAAUGCGAUAAGGGUUGGAUCUACGACAAAGAUGAGGUUCCCUACGAAACCAUCGCCACUGAGGGCAACUGGGUGUGCAAUGACAAGGAGCUGGUCACCUACACCUCCAUUAUAUACUUUAUGGGCUCCGUUGUGGGCUGUCUUUGCUUUGGCUAUAUCUCGGAUCAUUGCGGACGCGUUUGGUCCCUGUGCCUGGCCAAUUCCUGUGCUCUGAUCGGCGGCUGUCUCAGUGCCUUGUGCAAGGACUUUUGGCCUUUUUCCGCUACCCGAUUUCUGGUGGGCAUGGCCCAUGAUAACUGCUUCAAUCCUAUAUUUAUAUUAACCUUGGAAAACGUCGGCAUCAAAUACCGCGCGCUUAUUAGCAACCUGGCACUGGCCCUGGGAUUUUCCUUUUCAGCAGCGAUUCUCCCAUGGAUACCAUAUUUUCUGAGGGAUUGGAGACAAUUUGCCUUAAUCAUGGCUGUACCUGUGUCGGUUUUGGUGAUUCUGUGUGUCGUGAUACCAGAGUCUCCGAGUUGGCUGCUAUCGGUGGGCAAGGUCGAAAGAGGUAUGAAAGGUUUAAAAAAGGUGGCAAAAGUCAAUAGAAAAACUCUGUCCGAUGCGGAGUGGCUAGAGAUGCAAAUGUGCUUCGAGUUAAACAACGCCAACCAACAAUCUGCAAAAACGUACACUUUUCUGGAUCUCUUUAAGAGUUGUCGCAGGGCUGCCAUUAUCCUCAUGCUAAUCGCGAAUUGGUCGGUGGUGUUGCUGGUAUAUGAUGCUCAUUUAAGAAUCAUCUCCUCAUUGGGCACCAACCUUUUCAUCACUUUUUCGUUGGCCUCACUGAUUGAGAUACCGGCUGGAAUAGUGCCACUACUCCUCGUAGAUCGAGUUGGUCGCAAGCCCCUUAUGAUUUCUUCAUUGCUUCUCUGCGGUGUCUUCAGCUGCUUGACGGGUGUUCUGGUCGUCAAGUGGGGGAUUGCGGUGGCUGCGAUCUUCGCCAGGUUCUUCGUGACCGUUGCCUAUAAUGUGGCUCAGCAGUGGGACGUCGAGAUCCUACCAACUGUGGUUCGUGGCCAGGGCUGGGCUGUUAUCAAUGUUAUUGGCCACGUGGGAGCAGUACUCUCUCCGUUUGUUAUCUACACGGGGAAUUACUACCACUCCCUGCCCAUGUUCAUCAUCGCAUUCUUUUCAGUCAUCGGAAUAGGUACAAUAAUAUGCCUGCCGGAAACGAAGGGCACUUAUCUUCCACAAACUCUGGAAGAAGCGGAGAAACGGUGGACAUUACGCUGCAGGAACCCUAAAGUAAAAGAAACAAAUGCAUAAAUGUAUUAAGAGU